AUGACUGGCGCUACCUGGAGGCAGUUCUUUUCCAAGUACACUACGGUGGCUGCCCGCGCCACCCGCCAGGCCCUCAAGGAGACUGAGCGCGCGGAGGCUGAGCGCCGUGCCUACCAGGCUCUUCGCUACCAGGAGUGGAAGAAUGGCGAGGCAAGCGACCACAUCAACCUUAGCGCGGAGCAGAAGUAA